AUGGCUGACUUAAGUGUUGAUAUUUCAAAGUUACCGGACGAAAUAAGAGAUAAGUUGGCAGAGUUGGACUUAGAGUUAUCUGAAGGUGACAUAACACAAAAAGGAUAUGAGAAGAAACGCACUCGACUUCUUUCACCCUACAUUGCCCAACAUCAGCCUCAAGCAGGCAAUCCACCGAUACGCGGGCCUCGUGGCGACGGUGGCAGCAGCCGACAGCAUACAAGGAACCGUCGGACACAUCGACGCGUUACACACAAUGAGAAGAGAUACCACUCAGUGAGAUCGGCAGCCGCUCUCCGCUCGCCGCCUGGAAGGACCAACAGGCGACUCACGCGGAACGAGAGUCGCUACCACUCGGAAGUGAGGCAGGAGGCAGUGCAGCAGGCGCUUGCUGAAAUGCAGAACAGACCUAAACCUUCACUCCCGAUGCCAUCGAAGAGAACCUCUAUGAUGGCCAAAAGUCCUGAUAGAGAAAGACAUGAUCUUUCGUCGAGUUCAGAUGAAGAUUCUUGUGCUGGUGACAGUGAGCUGCCUCCUCCUCCAGAGUUGGGUUCACCGCCAGCUAGACGACCGGCCGCACCUCAUCCACGAUCCCACCCACACCCAUUGCCACAGCCGCACCACCAGCGUGAAAAGAAACAUGGCCUCAGGGACAAGACGGAAAUUGACUUGUCAGACAUUACACAUCUACCGGCUUACAUCCAACCGGACGUUACGCACACUACGUCAGGGGCCCGGCGUGGUGGAGCUCAUAUAGCUGACCGUGUUCAGUGUUACGCUCAACCCGAAGACACUGGCACCGGCACCGGCAGGUGGAAGGUAUCAGCCAAAAUACAACAACUUCUCAACACCUUAAAGCGCCCGAAACGUCGACCGCUGCCGGAGUUCUAUGAAGACGACGACAUUGAAUUAGAAAUCGCUGCAAACCCCAAAGAUCCGAACGCACCCAAACCCGAGGGAGGUACAAUGACGCCGGCUGUGGGCGAGCAACUUGUGGUACCCGCUGGACUCCCACGAAACCUUGAAGCAGCUCUACAGAGAUAUGGAACAGCAUCAUUCAAAGCCAACGUAGCUACAGUGCUCGAUCCUAACGGAAAACUGAGCAAUUCACUUACCUAUGGCAAGUUGCUAAGCCGUUCACUAAAAAUUGCUCACGCUUUGCUGAACAAAACGUUCACAUCGAAAACUAGCAGUGGCGGACCGCUGACGGGGGAUAAUUCCAUAAAGCCGGGGGACAGGGUGGCUCUGGUGUACCCUAACAAUGAUCCUAUAAACUUCAUGUGUGCGUUCUACGGUUGCCUGCAAGCCGGCAUAGUGCCAGUGCCGAUUGAAGUGCCAUUGACGAGACGGGACGCCGGCCUUCAGCAAGUCGGCUUCCUGUUGGGAUCUUGUGGGAUACAAUAUGCACUCACGUCUGACAACUGCUUGAAAGGGUUACCGAAAACGUCAUCGGGAGAUGUGGUAUCCUUCCGUGGCUGGCCGUCGCUUCAAUGGGUGUCUACAGAGAAGUUGCAGCGACCUCCUCGAGACUGGAUCCCACCGCCGCGCCCCGCUGAAGACUCACCGGCUCAUAUAGAACACACCUCCGCCGCUGAUGGUUCAGCUAUGGGAGUCAUCGUUACAAGAUCGUCAAUGUUGGCACAUAGUCGGAUGUUGUCCGUCGCCUGCAACUACACCGAAGGCGAACACAUGGUGUGCGUGUUGGACUUCAAACGCGAAACUGGUCUGUGGCACGCGGUGUUAGCCAGCGUUCUCAAUGGAAUGCACGUUAUAUUCAUACCAUACGCCCUCAUGAAAGUCAGCCCGGCCUCCUGGAUGCACAUGAUCACUAAAUACAGGGCGUCGGUCGCGAUUGUGAAGUCACGUGAUCUCCACUGGGGCCUGUUGGCGACUCGGGAUCACAAGGAGAUAUCUCUUAGCUCUUUGCGGAUGUUGUUGGUCGCCGAUGGAGCUAACCCUUGGUCUCUAUCUUCGUGUGAUCAGUUUCUAUCAGUAUUCCAAAGUAAAGGUGUUCGCGGCGACGCUAUCUGUCCGUGUGCAUGUAGCAGCGAGUCGUUGACUGUAUGCGUGCGGCGUGCGGGACGAGGGGGAGCAGCGGCCGGCCGGGGCGUGCUCUCCAUGUCCGGACUAUCGUACGGAGUGGUGCGUGUAGACGCUGAGAACUCACUCACAUCACUCACCCUUCAAGACUGCGGACAAGUUAUGCCAUCAUGUGUAAUCGUGGUAGUGAAGAUGGAAGGUCCUGCCUAUCUAUGCAAGACCGACGAAGUGGGGGAGAUAUGUGUAUUGUCAGGUGCCACUGGAUCGGGUUACUGGGGACUACCCGGUUUAACUAACACUGUAUUUAGAGUACAACCGUUGGAUGCUGACGGGGAGCCUAUUGGAGAGGAACAUUAUGUUAGAAGCGGGUUACUGGGUUUCCUCGGCCCUGGAGGUUUAGUUUUCGUUUGCGGUUCUCGUGAUGGUCUUAUGACGGUUACUGGCAGAAAACACAACAUGGACGAUAUAAUAGCAACUGUCCUUGCUGUGGAACCAAUGAAGUUCAUAUACAGGGGUCGUAUAGCAGUUUUCUCUGUUCGAGUGUUGCGAGAUGAGCGGAUAUGUAUAGUGGCGGAACAAAGACCAGAUUGUGGGGAAGAAGAGUCAUUCCAAUGGAUGUCUCGGGUUUUGCAAGCCGUUGAUUCUAUUCACCAAGUGGGAAUAUAUUGUUUGGCACUUGUGCAACCAAACUAUCUACCCAAAACGCCACUCGGUGGGAUACACCUCAGCGAAUGCAAGAGACGUUUCCUUGAAGGAACUCUUCAUCCUGCCAACGUAUUGAUGUGUCCACAUACGUGCGUUACCAACCUUCCGAAACCUAGAGAAAUACAUUCAGAUGUUGGACCAGCUUCCGUCAUAGUUGGAAAUUUAGUUCAAGGAAAUCGUCUAGCGUCUGCUCAGGGUCGGGAUAUGGGAUAUAGUGAUGAUUCUGAUGCUGCUAGAAAAUAUCAGUUUAUAUCACAAAUAUUAAGGUGGCGCGCUCAGAGCACAUCCGACCAUGUCAUAUUCACAUUGCUUAAUUCCAAAGGUGCUGUAUCAAAAGUACUGACAUGUGCCGAAUUACAUAAGAAAGCUGAAAGAAUUGGAAACCUAUUGCUAGAGAAAGGCAGAGUGAAUACCGGAGACCAUGUAGCUUUGAUAUUUCCACCGGGUCUAGAUCUCAUUUGCGCAUUCUACGGCUGUUUGUACGUAGGUGCUGUUCCCGUUACAAUUAGGCCACCACAUCCUCAGAACCUCCAUACCACGCUACCAACGGUACGCAUGAUAGUAGAUGUGAGCAAAGCUACUUUGAUCCUUUCCAAUCAAUCUGUGAUAAAAUUGCUCAGAUCAAAAGAAGCUAGCAAUGUUCUCGAUAGCAAGGCAUGGCCUAUCACACUUGAUACGGAUGACGUGCCUAAGAAGAAGUUACCAAUAUUAUACCGAGCUCCUACAGCAGAAAUGCUUGCUUAUUUGGACUUCAGUGUUUCUACUACCGGGAUGUUGGCUGGUAUUAAGAUGUCUCAUGCAGCUGUCACUUCCCUCUGCCGUUCAAUGAAAAUCGCUUGCGAAUUAUACCCUUCUAGACACAUAGCACUCUGCUUGGACCCGUACUGCGGACUUGGAUUUGCUUUAUGGUGUUUGAGUAGCAUUUACUCCGGUCACCAUUCUAUUCUUAUUCCUCCAUCAGAAGUGGAAAUUAAUCCCGCCUUAUGGCUUAGUGCUGUAUCUCAAUAUAAAGUACGUGACACGUUCUGUUCUUACGGUGUAAUGGAAUUGUGUACCAAAGGCCUCGGCAGCUCGGUUAACCAGCUUAAGGCAAAAGGAAUUAAUUUGGCGUGCGUUAGAACGUGUGUUGUAGUUGCGGAAGAACGACCACGAAUCAAUUUGACAAACUCAUUUUCGAAGUUAUUCUCAGCACUGGGCCUUACUCCGCGUGCGGUGUCCACAUCGUUCGGUUGUCGUGUUAACAUAGCUAUCUGCCUUCAAGGUGCAUCAAGUCCUGAACCGUCUACAGUAUAUGUCGAUCUAAGAGCAUUGCGUAAUGAUCGUGUUUCGUUAGUGGAACGCGGAAGCCCUCACUCUCUUUGCCUUAUGGAGUCCGGCAAACUGUUGCCAGGUGUUAAAGUAAUCACAGCUAAUCCUGAAACUAAAGGCCAGUGCGGAGAUUCCCAUUUAGGUGAAAUAUGGGUGCAAUCACCUCAUAACGCUAGUGGCUACUUCACGAUAUAUGGUGAUGAAAGUGAUUAUGCUGACCAUUUUAGUGCUCAAUUAGUUACCGGUAACACUGGGGAGGUUUACGCUAGAACCGGAUAUCUGGGUUUUUUGAGACGAACUGAAAUCAGUACGACGAACGCAUCUGACGACACGUCCCUAUUGGCACGUGACAGUGACACUGAGUCCAUGUUAUCUGGUUGCGGCAGUGUGUCCGGUCUAACGGACACUCACGACACACACGACGCUGUGUUCGUGGUGGGAGCUCUCGAUGAAACAAUCAUGUUACGCGGUAUGAGAUACCAUCCGAUCGAUAUCGAAAAUUCAGUUAUGAGGUGCCAUAAAAAAAUCGCUGAAUGCGCUGUUUUUACAUGGACAAAUCUGCUUGUGGUAGUUGUAGAGCUGGACGGAAAUGACAGUGAAGCUUUGAAUCUGGUGCCCCUUGUAACGAAUACUGUGCUGGAGGAGCACCAUCUAAUUGUUGGAGUUGUGGUGGUUGUAGACCCCGGAGUGGUGCCCAUCAACUCGAGAGGAGAGAAACAACGCAUGCACCUUCGUGACGGAUUCCUCUCCGAUCAGAUUGAUGCUAUAUACAUAGCUUACAACAUGUAA